GCUUUCCUGAGCGUGCGCGCGCAGGCGGGGGCGGGGCUCCCUCUUUUACCGCAGGUGUCUGGCCGAGGAGGAGGGAGCUGCUGUGUUUUGUGCCGCCGAAAAGAAAGCUAAAUCCUUUGCAACAGGGUCUGGAAGAUACUCUAAAGGAUAAUGGAAGAUAAAAGGCAAAGAGCCAGAGUGCAGGGGGGCUGGGCUGGACCAGUUAAUAACAGAGCAGCUUCUCGUGCAGCUUCUGGAACUUCCAGCCACAGGAACCAAGCCUUUGCAAGCACAACACAGUCCCGGGUGAGAAGAGAGGAGCAGCUUCCACCUGAAAGGCAGUUUGUUUUUAAAGCCCCAGAAGAGGUGGUGCGUAGACCCCCAGAGCCCAAAAGAAUAGAGAAUCAGGGUGUGUAUGAGAUCAGCACAUCACCAUCAGGAAUAUCUCGGAUUCAUUUGAUUCCUGGCUUCAUUGACUUAAACGAAGCAGACUGGAUGUUUGAACAACUCCUCCAAGAGAUCCCCUGGAGGCAGAGAACACACAUCAGGCAGGAUCUGUCUUACGAUGAACCCAGACUCACCGCUUGGUAUGGUGAACUUCCAUAUACUUACUCCAGGCUAACAAUGAAGGCAAAUGCUGAUUGGCACCCACUGUUGACCAUGCUGAAGGAUCGCAUUGAAGAUUUCACGAAGCACUCCUUCAACUCUCUGCUGUGCAACCUAUAUCGAAAUGAGAAGGACAGUGUUGACUGGCACAGUGACGACGAGCCAGAGCUGGGAAGAAACCCUGUCAUAGCCUCCCUCAGCCUUGGUGCCACCCGGAUGUUUGAGAUGAGGAAAAAACCUUUGCCUGAAGAAAACAACGACUUUACUUAUGUGCAGAGGGUGCAUAUACCAUUGGAUCAUGGAACGCUGCUUAUGAUGGAAGGAGCAGCUCAAGAAGACUGGCAGCAUCGCGUACCCAAGGAAUAUCACUCCAGGGAAGCCCGCGUAAAUCUGACAUUUAGGACAAUGUAUUCAGACUCUGAGGCAAUGCGCACAUGAAUGAAAUGUUCUGUGGUACUGUGCUCUUGCUGUGAGGCCAGAGAUUAAUGCUGGUUUGGGUGAGACAAGCCUGAUUUCAGUUCAGUAUUAUGAUGCCAGCAUUUGAAGGGAGAGAAGAAAGAGGCUGCUAUAAUGAGAGCCUGUAACAGUCGCAAGUUCCCAGUGAUGAGUGAUGCCUUUUUCUAGUACUGUUUGCUAAUGUGUAGUGCUUGGUGGUAAACUAUUUUUGUUUUAUUGAAAAACAAAUUUCCCUGUAGAGCAUUAAUUUUAGUAUGACUGGUUUGAAUCAAAUAUCUUGAGUUCUUGCUAAUCUGCAAGCACCACUUUUAACAAGUUUUCCCUCAGGCAAGCUGAGAGAGGAUUUUCCUGACGGAGGAGAAUGACUACAUUUGGGCUUUCUGUUUGUACUGUGCUACAUAAAAAUUGGUUAUAUGAAUAAGAAUCUUCUCAGUUAACCCCAGAGGGAAUAAUCAAAGCACAACUUGAGGUACUGCAGUAGCACACAUAAGGCCUGUCUCCCAAAAACCUGAAGUGUAUGUGAGCACAGUAUAAAGAACUGACUCUCCUGAAACCAUUAAAUUCCCCAGUGAUACAUUGUUGAAAAAUUCCUACUAUCUCAACUUUAUUUUCAAAUGUAUUCUAAUGCAUUUGGAGAGUGUCCUGGCCUCUCCUAGGAGCAUCCUACAGCACAUUCUUCAAAAAACCCCUCUGUAUGUCUACUCAGAAUACCCUGGCAUUGAAGAUGCUGCUAAGUGGCAAGAAUUGCCUGUUUGCACUGAAAUGCAUCUCACACAGCAGUGGAAUGAAUACACAGCUCCAUAGUGGUUUGGGGGAAGCAAGGAUUUAUACUGCUUAUCUAUAAAGCACUGCUUCCCACCCUCUUUUUGGGAUCCAUUCAGUAUACUUUUCAAAGGCAACACAUAAUUGGCAGGUUGUAAGAUUUGGGAAUGAUCCACCAAGACCAGUCUAUGUCGGGGCAGGUAGCUUUUAUUCUUGCAGAAUCUUGCUUUGCUUGCCAAUAGAACCCUGACUGCCACCAAUGAGAACCAGUUGCAAAAUGGUGCCAGGCAUAGAAUUGUAGAAUAAAGUGAUCUGAGUACAUACUCAGCCUAGGAAUUGGUUUUCAGUGCCUGCGCUCACAUACAUACCCUUUCACAGGUAAAUUGUCUCCUGUUUCCCAAAGCUUCCUUGAUUUCAGUAACCUCACUUAGGGUGGAAAAAAGGCUUUUUACCAUGACAAGCCAGAAACCCUUGCUGAUCUUUGGAUUACCUAGAAAUCUGCCUGCAGAUUCCAACCUACUUUAUGCUUGCUUUGAUCUAUUCCUGCUGCUUAGGGGUAUGUUUCACUACCAAUUCAGUGGUAGCAAUGAAGUUAUCCAGCUUUUUUUCCUUACUGCCUUGUGGUUAUAGGUGUUAGUUGUUCAUUGGCUGUGCAUUACCCCUGUCUAAAUACUGUCCACAGUAAUUAUUGAAUCAGCAGUACUUGUAGGCUAGAAUCUAUGACUGUGAUUAGUUUACCUUAAUGAAGAUUCUAUGGAAGGAAAUCUUGAAAAGGAGGUUCAUGGGCCCACCUGAACAGUGUAGGAUGGGAUUAUGGGGAUGUUUGGGACAGGAAACAUUCCUUCUGUGAACUCUUAGCUUUAGGAUCCAAGGCUCAUUUGUGUCACUUCUUUCCCCUAAUGGGGCUGGGUUUGCCCAUUUGGUGCCCUUCAGAGGUUGUUUUGACUACAAUGCCCAUGAGCUGCUGUGAGCAUGGCCAAGGGUCAGAGAUAAUGGGAGUUGCAGUCCAACAACAUUUGGAGAGCACCUUGCUCACUACCCUGGUGUAAGGAUUGCUUUAGCGUCCAUACUAGGGGCUAAAUUAGAAGGUAUGUAUGUUACAUAGUUUGGCCCAGCUAAUUUAAAAUAAGCAAUAGAGCCUGGGGAGGGAAUAGAAAACAUGGCAGGAGGAGAUGCUUUAUCAAAAUCAGCCUCGUCCUCUGCCCCCUAAGCCUACCCUUUGCAAUAGGGAGGAAACUCUUGAAUAUGUCUAAGUCCCAACUCUUCCAUACUUAUAGCAUGGAUAGAGAACCUAUAACCCUCCAAAUGUUGUUAGACUACACUACUAUUGGCCAUGCUGGCUUUGGCUGAUGGGAAUUUUAGUCCCAACAGCAUCUAAGUGGUCAUAGGUUACCCAUUAGAGUGAGCAUCCUCUGAGCACUGUAAACUGAGCCACCACCAAGAAGCAUAGCCCCCAUCACUGCUUUCUAUAUUGGUACCACACAUUGGGUUUAAAAAGUCUUCCUUCAAAUGCUGCCUUUGGACUGAGGCACUGUGCAUGAAGAUAUGCAAUCAACAUAGGCUUUAUUAUUUUAAUGAGAAGUGUAACCUAUAUAUGAAAUGGGGGAAAACUCCAGUUGCUUAUUUCAAAUAUAGUUUGCAGCUGUUUCUAUGGCAAUUUGCUUAUAAACAAGAAUUUAUUGGAACAGAAGGUAUACAGAAUCCUUCCAUUAAUUAAAGAUUGAACUGAUGGAUGAGUUGUGUAUGCUGUUCAUAUUGUGCGAGAUCAAGAUGUUAUAUUUGUAAGAAACACUCCACUGAAGAUGUGUUCCUAGAAGGAACUUUGUAAGACGUUGCCAUCUGUCAAGGGCUCUUGACUGUUUCAGCUUUAGAAUAAGAGUUAAUGUGUGCACAAUUAUUUUUUAAUUUUUAUUUUUUAGUUCUUUUAAAUUCUAAAACCCAUCUGUCUCUGAAUGCUAUCAUGAUUCUUCACUGCCCCAAAUUGAAACAUGACAUUUUGAUACAAUAUGUAUCUGUUCAGAGUUUAUAGCUUCUAUUUCUCUUCAAACUGUAGAAUUGAAUGUGUUUGUGUGGCCCACUUAGCAGAACGACCCCACAAUUCUCCUUGUGUGGUUGAUCAGUUUUCAGGGAUUGUUCUUGUUGAAGCCGUGUUGUAAGGCCAACAACAGAAGACACAUAAGGAUAUGUCCCGCUGGUCAGGAAUUGGAAAAUGGCACUGUAAGCACAGGAGAAGCAAUGGCUCUUUGCUAAGGCUUCAUACUAAGGCAUGACUUCUGUAGCAAAGGAAGCCACUUUGAGGUGGGUGAGUGAGGAUGCUUCUUGGUUCUAAGUAGUAAAUCCAGACUUUCUAGUUCUCCAGCUUCUCUACCACUUCCACUGCUCUUGCUUUUCAAGCAUUUGUGUUAUCAGAUUAAUUCCUUUGAAAUCACUCGUGUGUUUUUAUCAAACUGCCAGGCUGGCACCAUUCCAUCCAUUCCUGUUAACCUUGUUCAGAGAACAGCCUGAGUGAUCAAUUUGGCCAAGUCACCUGAUGUGCUACUGCAAGUGCCAUAGACACCAAAUGGCAGAAAAGAGGCUAAGGAGCACUAAAACUAACUAAAACACAGCACUGCCUAGCCCAAGGCAGCACAUUUCCUCUUCUAUGAAUGGUAGAUGACAGAUGAUGAUGAUGAUGAGUGCCUGUGCAGCCUAAAAUAUCUCAUCAAGUACUAGCACCAUUUGCUUCACUCACUUUGCCUUUUCUGGUCAUAAACAUUUUCAGCUUGGAAAUAGAA